AACGGCACAUGUGUGACAAUGUUCCUCAAAACCCACUGCUUUGUUGUGGAGGAGUGACUGACUGCGCGAGUGUGACACGGUUGAAUCCUUUGUUGUGAAAAAGCAAACGGCGGCGCGUGUGUACUUGUGUGUGCGUGUUGUGUCUCUUCGGGGUGUGUGCGGUAUUAGAACGAGUGCAAGUAUGUCGAAAAGAGCGAAGAAAAAUGAAGAGGCUGGAGAUGACGAAGACAACGGCACAGCUCCGGCUGCCAAGAAAGGAAAGAAGGUAAAGGAACCAGAGGCCCCCAUUCUGUACAGUGACCCUCCUGAUAAGAUGACCAGCAAAGAUGGUCGUGCUGCUAACAUGAAGAUCACCUCCUGGAAUGUAGAUGGGCUCAGAGCUUGGGUCAAGAAGAAGGGCCUUGAUUGGGUGCGCGACGAGGCCCCAGAUGUGUUGUGCCUGCAGGAGACGAAGUGUGCUGAGAAGUCCCUUCCUGAUGAUAUCACCUCCAUGCCCGAGUUCCCCCACAAGUACUGGGCUGGCUCUGAUGAGAAGGAGGGCUAUAGCGGGGUGGCUAUGCUGUGCAAGACUGAGCCCCUCAAAGUUACCUAUGGCAUUGGUAAAGAGGAGCAUGACAAGGAGGGCCGUGUUAUCACUGCUGAGUUCCCCACCUUCUUCCUGGUCACCGCCUACGUCCCCAACUCUGGCCGAGGACUGGUGCGCCUGGACUAUCGCAAGACCUGGGACGUGGACUUCAAGGCCUACCUGAGCGACCUGGACAAGCGCAAGCCCCUGGUGCUGUGUGGCGAUCUGAACGUGGCCCAUGAGGAGAUCGACCUGAAGAACUCCAAAGGCAACAAAAAAAACGCAGGCUUCACAGCAGAGGAGCGCGAGGGGUUCAGCCAGCUGUUGGCCGCAGGCUUUACCGACAGCUUCCGCGAGCUGUACCCCGAGCAGGCCAACGCAUACACCUUCUGGACCUACAUGAUGAACUCUCGGUCUAAGAACGUGGGCUGGCGGCUGGACUACUUUGUACUGUCCUCUGCUCUACUGCCAGGCCUUUGCGAUAGCAAGAUCCGCAACCAAGCUAUGGGCAGUGACCACUGCCCCAUCACUCUACAUGUGGUUGUGUAGAUCAGUCUGGCCAAUGUGCUGGCCAUGCAUUGUUUUCUCAUGUUAAAUGAUGUGACCUAGGUGGCUGACCUCCCAUUGAAGUCAUGGCAUUCCUAACUACUGUAACUAAUCUGUAUGCCGGUGUGCACACUCAACAUGAGUGAAUCAUCAGAACCUGGAAACACAUUUGUACUGAAACUGGGAUUCCCAAAUUAGUUUACUUUCACCUCAAUCUUGAAUUGUAUAAACUAGUCACAAUUGUCCUGUCACCCAUUGAAGCGAUUAUUCAACACUGUCCUUUACUUUCCCACCCACACAGUGUACUCCGAAGAGACAUCUGGUAACAAAAUGCAUAAUCCCUGAAUGUCCUAUUUGAGGCACUGUUCUUUAAACGUGAAACUGAUGUUGGUGCUAAAUAACUGCUAGUCUGUCAUUGAAACAUUGCUCCUUUGAAGGGAAUGUGAGUCCAAUUCUUACAUUGUUAUUUUAUAUAACGGUAAUGAAGUCAUUACCAUUGAGUGAAUAUUGAUACAAUGAAUAUUGAUACAUUAAAUCAUGGUACAGAUUUUGCAUGCAAACAUUCAGACCCAGAGUGAGGGCCAGUAUUAAGAUUGUCUUUGUCAAAUGGUGCAACCUCUGUUGCAAAGCUGACAUGAGACCAAUUGUCAGUGGUAUCUCACACCUUACUGCCAACUUCUGGAGCAAAGUUUCUAAGACAUGCCUGUUUUGUAAAAAAUAAAAUCCCAAACCAUAGCUGGAGUUUAUAGAUGGUAAAUGCACUCAUGUAUCUAAUAAAGUUUAGUUUUAAGUUUA